AUGUUCGCCCGUCAAUCUUUCCGCAGCGCGCAGUCUCUCAAGCACGGCUUCCGCAAGUACUCCACCGAAGCUCCCAAGAAGUCCAACUUGACCCCCAUCUACGUCGGUGUUGGUCUUGCUGGCCUCGGUGCUGGUCUAUGGCGCUACUAUGGUGACAAUCCUGCUGCCGCUAUUGAGCUUAAGGACCGCCCUAAGGUUUUUAACGGCAAUGACUGGGUGGACCUCAAGCUCACGAGCGUUGAGGUUCUGAGCCACAACUCUAAGAAGCUGCGCUACGAGUUUGAUGACAAGGAGGCUGUCUCUGGUCUUCCCGUUGCCUCUGCUAUCUUGGCCAAGUUCAAGCCCGAGGGUGCUCAGAAGCCCGUUAUCCGCCCAUACACCCCUACCAGUGAUGAGGAUAUUCCCGGUUACCUCGAGCUGGUCGUCAAGUCCUACCCCGGUGGCGCCAUGUCCGAGCACAUUACCUCCAUGCCCAUCGACGAGCGCCUGUCCCUCAAGGGCCCAAUUGUCAAGUACGCCUGGACUCCCAACAAGCACGACCACAUCUGCCUAAUUGCCGGUGGUACUGGUAUCACCCCCAUGUACCAGCUUGCUCGUCAGAUCUUCAAGAAUCCUGAGGACCGCACCAAGGUGACUCUCGUCUUCGGCAACGUUUCCGAGGAGGACAUCUUGCUGAAGAAGGAGCUCAAUGAGCUGGAGAACACAUACCCCCAGCGAUUCCGCGCUUUCUACGUGCUCGACAAGCCUCCCAAGGAGUGGACUGGCGGCAAGGGCUACAUCACCAAGGAGCUGCUGAAGACUGUGCUGCCUGAACCCAAGGAGGAGAACAUCAAGAUCUUUGUUUGUGGCCCUCCUCCUCUGUACAAGGCUAUUAGCGGUGGUAAGGUCAGCCCCACAGACCAGGGUGAGCUCGAUGGUUCCCUGAAGGAGCUGGGUUACUCUAAGGAGCAGGUUUUCAAGUUCUAG